AAACAAUUGUUCCCUGCCUUGUCUCAUAACCCAACGACGGUCACUCUUCUUCUCUGGAGCUGCCAGACCCUUUCCAUUAUGGAGCAAUGGUGGCAGAGAACAGAAGCCCAGGCUAGGUAGCACAUUGGGCACAGGUUUUGAAGGCCAUCCAGAAGAUGAAGAUGCGUGUAUACCAAGAAGAAGAAGAAGCAUACAACAACAACAACAAAAACAACAACCAGAGUCCACCAGCAGAGGCGACUGGUGGAGGCUGAGGAAGCAGGGAGUGAAACCCCCUGAGUCAAAGCAUUGGGCAAUGGUGAAUCAUAAUCACGAUGAUGAGCUGAUGGCGGCAGCAAGUGUGGAACGGAAUGCCAACAGAUUAGAUAUGCCGCUAUCACUGCUGAUCAUCAAACGGAAGAAGAUUUGGGAGCGUGAGCUCAUGGAGGCUGGAGAGUUGGCUUGUUGCUCCGCCAAGAAGGCCUUCUCCUCCAUGGUCUUCAUGGUUCGUGAGCUCCAGAGCCAUGCUCUCCACAUGAGGUCGGAUGAUGAUCAACCUCCACUGCCUGGAAUCCUGGAUCGUGUUCGGAGCGACCUGCAUGCCUCCUUCGUCUGGCUUUUCCAACGUGUCUUUUGUUGCAAUCCCACGCUCAUGCUCUACCUCAUGAUCCUCCUCGCCAACUUCACUGUCUACUCCAUGGGCCGCAACCCCACCACUGCGAUUCCUCCUUCUCAAUCUCUUCUUGUAUCCAUCUCAGACAUCAUCAACACGGAUGAUCAUUAUCCUUCAGCGGCACAACUGCAAGAUGAGACCAUAGAAUGGAACAAGUUUGUGGAAGAUGCCCUGAGGAUGAGAGCGAGCACCACAGACGAGGCUCUAAUGGACCCUGACGUUUUGAGACAAUUCGUGGCUCCUGUCUCAGUGCAAAUUCCACCAGAGGAGGAUAGUUGUCAGCAUUACAUCAACACUGAAUUAAUGUACGAAAGAGCUUUGUCAGAGGACCCAGACAACGCCCUACUCCUCUCUAACUUUGCUCAAUUCCUUUAUCUCGUCCACCACAACUAUGACAGAGCUGAGUACUAUUUCGAGAGAGCAGUGGAGAUUCAACCAACCGACGCUGAGGCUUUGAAUAGGUAUGCUUGUUUCUUGUGGUUGGUUCGGAAGGAUCUAGGUGCUGCUGAAGAGACUUUCCUGGAAGCUAUGGCAGCUGAUCCUGGCAAUUUGGUGUAUGCCGCCAAUUAUUCUCAUUUCAUCUGGAAGACUGGGGGCAAGGAAACCUGCUUUCCCAUCCUCGACAACCCAGAUGCUUAUUAAUUACCUUAUAGAUUCACCACACGGCCAAGCAAAACUAAUCAUUUUUAAACAAAAGUAAAUUAUAAUCCUCAUGAUAUUGCCAAAGGGACUCACUAACCAGUUAAA